AUGAAUCGACGAACCAAAGCUCCAUCCUCGGUUCGGCAUGUUAACGAGCGACGCAAUUCUGACGAUGACCGCUCAAGCAUUACUAGCAGUAGCGAAUUGAGUUCUGGCAUUCCGGCUCGACUGUCCUGUGAGACAUCAUCACUACCGCUGGCGCCAGGAAGGGGUCAGAGCAUGUCCGUCGGGUUAGAGCAUCUCAGUUCCAAGCCAAUCAACACAAAAGCCAACCCUGAAUGGUUCAUUCCACCCAAAACCUCGACCAAGACUAAUAUAGAAGUUGUGCUACCAUUUAUGUCGGCAGAGGAGCGCGCAGAAUACGAUGUGGUUUCUGAAGUUGAUGACGAUGAAUCUACUCCGCUGCCACCCAUUUCGUUCAAGGAAAUCAACGAAGCUACCCCAAGCUUGAGCCCGGAAUCAGAUGGGUCAGGGGAAGAGACGCUCAAUUACGUACUGCGCCAGUCGCCUGCAUGGCUACACAACAUCACGGAGGUGGUUGAGCCCAGAGACGCAACAGCGGAUAUGACGAAGCCGUCGUCUAAGUCACUGGUCAAAUCAUCUUUGAAGAUACCAUCUGUGGACCUAGAAAGCCCACGAAAUCCACGAGAACCGCGAAGACAUCUCUUUACAGCUACAGUAGCUGGUAAUAGUCAAACUGGCCAAGAUUCUUCGUCUGGAACCGAGAGAAAGAAAAAGAGAAAGCUUUCCUCCAUAAGUUUCUCCUCGGUCGGCGAAUUACCCGCUAGCAAGAAGCAGAAGGCAGGCAACGAUACAAGUAUUAAAAACGCAGAUGGAGUUAGCCAAAGGCGUCGCCGCCGAAUGCGAAAACAAAAACGGACGCAAAUGCGGGAUAAUGGCAGCCAGGAUACAGGUAUGCGAACGCCAACGUAG